AUGGCCAUCACUUCUGUACCCUCUGCCGGCGCUACUGUUCCUGUUUUUGCUGCUGUUGCUGCCGGUACUGUUCCUGUUGGUGCUGUUCCCGCCGAUGCUGCGCCUCAACUACCUUCAUCUGUAUGUCUAUCCGCCGUAUCCGUUGCUCCUGCUCAUCUACUUGUUGAUGAGCUUGCCCUGAUGGUUUGA